GUUUGCACUGAUCGUCACUUCUGCACUAUUUUUGUACAUCAAUAUGGCUUCUGCUUUGAGAAAUGUUGUCGUUGUUGGUGGCUCAUAUGUGGGCCUUAAUACAUGUCGAGAGCUCAUGAGCAUCCUGCCCGCAUCAACACAUCGCAUUCUGCUGAUUGAAGCACAUACGCAUUUCAAUCAUAUCUUCACAUUUCCACGCUUCUCUAUCCUCUCCGGACAUGAACACAAGGCGUUUAUACCAUAUACGGGCCUUUUUCCUCCUGAUUCCCCACACAGAGUCAUCACAUCUCGAGUAGAGCAUGUGCAUCCCAAGCAUGUUCAAAUCAGCACCAGUUUCGAGGACUCUAAUAGUGUACCUUACGACUACCUGGUGCUCGCAACUGGAACACAGCUCGCUGCUCCUUCGAUGAUGCCUCAUGACGAUGCCGCCUCCUCAAUUUCGUACUUGCAGAGUUAUCAAGAUCAGCUGCGUAAAUCACAGAAGAUCGUGAUUGUUGGAGGUGGAGCUGUAGGUGUGCAAAUGGCCCUAGAUCUCAAGGAGCUGUAUCCGAGUGGGAAGGAGGUCACAGUCGUGCAUUCGAGAGAUAGGCUCAUGCAGCUUUUCGAACCGAAGCUGCAUGCUAUCCUUGCCGAGGCGUUUGAAGAAAAGGGCAUUCGGCUAAUUACGAAGACGCGAGCAAAAGUUCCUGCUGGAGGAUUUGCAAACGACGGGAAUCGAAUGGUCGUCGAGCUCCUCAAUGGAGACGAGAUUGAGGGCGACUUUGUGAUUCUUGCUACGGGACAGAAGCCGAAUAACCAGCUGGUUGCGGGACUGGCAGCUUCGUCUGAUUCCGCCGAAGCUGAGUUAGUAAAUCCUGCCAAUGGCUUUCUUCGGGUUAGACCUAGUCUCCAACUACAAGAUGAGGCAUAUUCGCACAUUUUCGCUGUUGGCGAUAUAGCGGAUACGGGACUCCAAAAGGCAGCUCGACCAGGCGCUGCUCAGGCCAAGGUGGUAGCGCAGAACAUCUUUUCAUUAAUUCAAGGGGAGAGAGCAGAGGCGAAGUUUGAGAAGAACCCGCCGGCUAUACACUUGAGCUUGGGAUUGAAGCGGAACAUCAUAUUCCGGAACCCGAAUAGGAGCGAGGGACAGACGGAAGCGACUGUCAUAGACAAGUUCGACGGGAGAGCAGAUAUGGGAGUCGAGGGGAUGUGGGACCGGUUGAACGUGAAGCUGGAGAAGAUGGAGGAAGCUGGAGUGCGGGCGGAGCUGUGAGAGGGUGUGAAUGAGGAUGUGGAUGUGGAUGUGGAUGUUGAUGUUGAUGUUGAUGUUGAUGUUGAGGUCGAAGUUGUGAAAUCUAAAUACUGGUGGUCGACGCGUCUUGGUCGUUCUUGCCAAGCCAAGCUUGCCAUUGGAGGUGAAAGUGGGAGUGGGUCCGGUGCAAGGGUGGUUUUGAGUUACGCGUCGGGCUUGACCAGGGUCCACAAGUAUCAAAAGUCA